GUUUUGAAGAGUAUAACCAUGCUGUGAAUUUAGAUGCUGACAGAUGGAAUAAGGAAACUGGUUCAAGCUUCCAGAAAUAUGCUACAGUUCGGUGAAAUACUCCUGUUUGAUAUAUCAUGUAUAAGGUGGUGCCUGCAGUGUUUUGGAUAUUAAACAGAAAAUGGGAAGUGUUAACUACUCCUCCCCUUCAACCGACAGCUCACUUCUCAUUUGCUGACUACCAUAACUGACAAAGUAUAUGACACCAGAAUACAGUAAUGCCUACACACAUCUCUGCCGAGCGCAGACAGUUGCAACCAACAUCGGACAAUCAGAAGAAUGGACCCCAACCAGUCUUUCAAUCAGCCUCCAGGGGCCUACAGUUCAUCUGAGAAAUCAGUGAUGUUACAGCCUGCUCAACCACCACCAUAUCAGCACAAUCCUGCUGGAUAUCCUUCUUCUUUUCCAAACCAGCCGGUCCCCCAGGGACCAUAUUCAGGACAGUCUGUGGUCACUGUACAACCUGCAGUUUUUGUGACCGCCGCUCCACUGACCAAUCCAUUGCCAGAUUACCUGGGUUACUCCAUCUUCACCAUGCUGUGCUGCUGUUUACCUCUGGGCAUUGCUGCAGUGGUGUACUCCUGCUCUACUCGAGAUGCCAACUACUCAGGACGGCGGGAAUUAGCAGAGAAGAACUCCAAGACCGCACGCACCCUGAAUCAUGUCGGUGUUAGUCUUGGCCUUAUUAUCUUUGUGUUGUAUGUUAUCUAUUACUGUGUGGUAUUUAACAAUAUGAAACAGCAUUCUUAACUGCAUUCAUGGUUGGAUGAAGAUUACGCAAAGAAGAUUUGACAAACUUAAUUCUCUUCAUUUUUGUCACAUUUAACACAGCUAAAACAUGCUGCAAAGCUUAUAGCAUGUUUAAAACAAUAAAA